AUGUCCCUCGACCCACAACAACUCCAACAAAUCAUCUCCUUCGCGAUGGACAACUGGACCACUGCCACCUACAUCAGCAAUGAGCUGCGGCCAAGAUACCCCAUGGAGGCCACUGGGACAAUCGGCACCUCGAUUGAUCAUUCCACACGAAGUACUGCCAAUGGUGGACACGAUCCUCCCAUAUGCUGCAAAAGGCAACAACGCAACGCCACACAAAACCUCUUACUCAUUCAAGUACUGGAGCAAAGUCAAGGAGAGACUGCAAUGAUGAUGGACAUUCAAGAACCUUCAAAUCCCAUCAUCGAAGCAAGAAAUACGCCAUCAUACUCUAACUUUGCGGAAACAUUGAUGGAUGUCAUGUCUUCCAACCAGCAGCAUCGGCAGACCCUAGGAGAACAGCUGUAUGCAGUCAAAGAAGAAGUCACACGACCUCCUGGACCAGCCUCUGAGGUACUGGAAGAGAUUCAACGGGAAGAAGUGCUACAAGAGAUACUGAACUUGAUUGGAAGACCUGCAGCACAAGUUAGGCAAGCAUCUAUCUAUUGA